AUGGUUUUAUUCAAACGGGGGAGCUUUAUUGUGCAUUUCACAUCAUUCGUGCUGCUGGGGUGUGUUUGUGAAACGGCGUCGGGGCAGCGCUCCUACUCCGUCUCGGAGGAGGUAAACCCGGGAACCUCUGUGGGAAAUGUCGCUAAGGACCUCAACCUGAAGGCGCAGGACUUGCAGUCUCGUCUGUUUCAGAUUGUAAGCGGAGCGAAGAGAAAGUAUUUCGAGGUAAACCUGAAGACCGGUGUUCUCUUCGUCAACGAGAGAGUAGACAGAGAGGAGCUGUGCGCGAAGGCGACGCAAUGCACCGUCAGUGUCGAGGCCGUGAUUAACGAGCCACUCCAGCUCUAUCGUUUAGAAAUACGUGUUCUUGACGUGAAUGAUCACCACCCAUCUUUCAGCGCUAAGACGCAGAGUAUUGACGUCGCUGAGAGCACCCUGCCCGGAGCUAAGUUCCCUGUUCUGUCCGCCUACGACGCUGACGUGGGGAGAAACGAUAUCAGCACGUACAAGUUGAAUGCAAAUGAGUAUUUUUCUUUGGCGGUGCACAGAGGAGAGAGGGUGUCUGCAGAGUUGGUGCUGCAGAAAGCUUUAGACCGAGAAACACAGCCUGUCGUUAAACUCACGCUGACCGCUGUAGACGGAGGAACACCUGCAAAAUCAGGGACGUCGGAGAUAAUCGUCAAUGUUUUGGACAACAAUGACAACAUCCCGGUAUUUACAAAGUCAUUAUACAAAACCAGUAUUGCAGAAAACGUACCAGCUGGAACUACAAUACUAACUGUAACUGCAACGGACGCCGACGAGGGAAUAAACAAAGAUAUUUCAUAUUCUCUGAGCACAAAAGAUCAGGAUCAUAUCUUGGAAAUGUUCGACAUUGACAAAGACACGGGUGUGCUAACAGUUAAAGGGGAGAUAGAUUUUGAGGAGCAGUCGGCUUUUGAGAUACGUGUGCAGGCUAGUGACAGAGGAACGCCCCCAAUGGCAGCCCACUGUAAGGUGCUGGUAGAAGUGGUGGACCUUAAUGACAAUGCUCCUGAGAUCUCUGUGACGUCACUGCGUGACACAGUAAAUGAGGACGCAAACACAGGUACUGCUGUUGCACUUGUUUCAGUCCUCGACAAAGACGGGGGCAAAAAUGGGGCAGUUCGUUGCCAUGUCAGACGUGAUGUCCCUUUCAAAUUGGAGUCAAACUAUAAAAAUUACUAUUCUUUAGUGGUUGACGGAGCUCUUGACAGAGAAAUCGUUUCCCUAUACAACGUCACUAUCAUAGCUACGGAUGAAGGCUCCCCACCUCUAACGAGCACCAGUGAUAUCAUAAUACAUAUUUCUGAUGUCAAUGACAAUGCGCCGACAUUUUCCGAUGAUAUGAUAAAUGUUUAUUUAAAAGAGAACAGUCCAGUUGGUGUAUUAAUUAAAACAGUAUCGGCAGCGGAUGUUGAUGUCAAUCAAAAUGGCCAGGUGACGUAUUCGUUAAAAGAUGGUAACAGUAACUUAUUACCAUGGUCUACAAUGAUAAACAUCAACUCAGAGACUGGAGAUAUAGUCAGCCUGCAGUCUUUUAACUAUGAGGAGAUGAAAACGUUCCAGUUUAAAGUUCAGGCCACAGACUCUGGUGCUCCUCCACUCAGCAGUAAUGUGACUGUGAACGUGUUUAUCCUGGAUGAGAAUGACAACAGUCCCGGGAUUCUCGCUCCCUAUUCUGAACACGGCUCCGUUAACAGUGAGAACGUCCCCUAUUCUGCUGAAGCAGGUUACUUUGUGGCCAAGAUCAGGGCUGUAGACGCAGACUCUGGAUAUAAUGCUCUGCUUUCUUAUCACAUCUCAGAGCCCAAGGGGAACAGUCUGUUCCGAAUCGGAACCAGCACCGGGGAAAUCAGGACUAAGAGGCGAAUGAUUGACAAUGACCUGAAAACUCACCCGUUGGUGGUGUUGGUUUCUGAUAACGGAGAGCCCUCCCUGUCAGCUACUGUGUCUAUUGAUGUGGUGGUGGUUGAAAGCACAGGUGACAUGCAGACUCCGUUCAGACACGUACCCAUAAAGGAGGAGAGCUUCUCUGAUCUAAACUUGUAUUUGCUGAUCUCCAUCGUGUCAGUGUCAGUGGUGUUUCUACUGAGCCUCGUCAGUUUAAUAGCGGUGAAAUGCCACAGGACAGACGGCAGUUUCAGCAGGUACAGCGCCCCAAUGAUCACCAGCCACCCUGACGGGAGCUGGUCUUACUCUAAAGCUACUCAGCAGUAUGACGUGUGUUUCAGCUCAGACACGCUGAAGAGUGACGUAGUAGUUUUCCCUGCGCCGUUUCCGCCUGCUGAUGCGGAGCUGAUCAGUAUUAAUGGAGGAGACACUUUUAACAGGACUCAGACUUUACCCACCAAAGACAAGGUAAGAGAACGAUACUAA